CUGUCCACAGUGUGCGCGUCCUUCCGGUUAUGGGAUAAAUUGCCUUGGUGCGGUGUUUUUGAUUCUUUGAGUGUGUUUCAACGACCUCAGAGUUAUGGCAUGCAAAUGCAAGGAGGAUUAAACUGGAUUUAGAUGCAUUUCUUUGCCUCGAUCUGGCUGUGUCAUUUAAAACAGCCACUGGCUAUGUCUAACGUGUUAAUAACCCAGCUGAGCUGCUGAAGCAUGCGUUUCUUAGUAUCAGCAGUGAAGUCGAUCUGGUUGCCAUGGAGACGGAGACUGAGCACCAUUCACUGUUUGUGGACCCGGACUUUCCUGCUGAUGACUCCUCAAUCUUUAGUGACUACAUCACGCCUCUCUCCAAAUUGUUAGGUGAUGUCACGUGGCUCCGCCCACAGGACAUCUGCAAGCAGCCUCAACUCUUCCCCAAUGACCCUGUGGAGGCCCACCCAAAGCAAGGCAUUCUGGGAGACUGUUGGUUGCUCUGUGCCUGCUCCAUGUUACUCAAGAACCAGCAUCUUCUGAACAAGGUAUUUCCACCGGAACAGCCAUUGUGGGAUGAGAGUGCUUAUCAUGGUGAGUUCAGGUUCCGGUUCUGGCGUAACGGGCACUGGAUAGAGGUACGGGUGGAUGACCGGCUGCCCUGUAUCAAUGAUACUCUCUGCUUCUCACGAUGCCAGAGCCCCAGGGCAUUCUGGGUAGCACUUUUGGAGAAAGCAUAUGCCAAGCUACAUGGCUCAUAUGAGCGUUUGUGGGCAGGCCAAGUAUGUGAGGCAGUGGUGGACUUGAGCGGAACCAUAGUGGUACGAUGGAGUCUAAAAGGGGCGGAGUCACCACAACAGCCCAACGACACCCAGACUCAACACACAGUUAAUGGGACGAGUCUUUCUCAACUUUCACUGGAGCUGAAGGAGCGAUGUGCCAUCAGCUGCUGUGUCCACAGCGCCUCCACAGGGGUCCCAGAGCUUGGCCAGUUCCACGCCAUGAGUGUGAUGGAGUGGACAAAUGUGACAACGACUACAGGUGAACAAGUGGAGCUGAUCAGGAUACGAAACCCCUGGGGGAGGAAGAGCUGGGCCGGGUUCUGGAGGGAGAGCGGAUCAGGAUGGGAUUCUCUGGAGGCCUCCUGUGCUCAGGCUCUACUGGGCCGCACGGCAGCGGGGGAAUUCUGGAUGGACCUGACAGAAUUCCAGCAGGAAUUUGAUGAGGUCACUGUGGGCUAUCCCAUCAGUGAUGCAGGACACCUCCAAAGCAUCUACACAGGAAGCUUUCUAAUCCACAGCCACCAGAUUGGAGGCCGCUGGGUCAAAGGUCACUCUGCAGGCGGUUGCCGAAACAACAGCACUUUUAGCAGCAACCCUAAGUUCUGGUUGAAAGUGUGCGAGAGAGGAGAAGUGUUGCUGUCUUUGCUUCAGUACGGACGCCCUGAACAACCAGCAGAGGGCGGCACUCGGCAGCAUCCACACCUCCAGGCCAUUGCACUACAUGUGUGGAAGGUGGAUAAGAAACACUUUAACUUGGUACGGACACUGAACAAGCCUCCGAUUGUGUCACACACGCAUGCGUAUGAUCGGGAAGUGGUUGUAGACACUCACCUGAAUCCUGGUUUUUACCUGCUGGUGCCAAGUACAUUCCUGCAGGGAGCAGAGGGCCGCUUCCUCUUGAGAAUUCAUUCAUCCUGCUCUACCUCUCUCAGUGUGAUGAAAUCAACUCCUCCUCCUCUUCAGCACUGUUCAGAGGGUGAGUGGGAAACCAUCAGCUCUCAUGGCUCUUGGUCUGUUGGUUCUACUGCUGGAGGAAGUCGCAACUUCGCCACACAUGGACACAACCCCCAUAUACCCCUUACUGUGACCUAUGACCCUGGAGGUAACAACAUAAGGGUCACUCUACGCCAAAACAGGCCAGAAAAUGCCCUCCAUGCCAUCGGCUUUCAUAUAUAUAAGGUACCUGACAGUGGUUCUGGCUUCCUGUUAACCCCUGGUUCCAUCUGUCCUGUGGUUAGUUGUGUACCUCAUGCCCACUCCCAGGAGGUCAGUGUGUUUUGCCAUCUACAGCGGGGCGAGUAUGUCGUAAUUCCCUCUACCUACCAGCCGGAACUCAGCGCUCACUUCACUCUUACUCUUCUUCGUAGGAUACAUCGGAAAGCAAUGCAGAGUCAAGAGCUUCUGGGCCAUGCCGUGCAGGAGGUCUCCUGUAUCUCUGUGAUGAGAUGAUAGUCUGGGGAAAUGGAUCAGAUGCUCAUGUUGAGAUGAAAGUACCUGAGAGGGUGUGUAGCAUGUAGCCCGAGCAUAGUCUUGUCCACUAGGAGCCGUUGGUGCAAAUCACUCACCACAAACUCCCAAAAACCAUCAGCAGUGGAUAGAUCAUGGUAUAUAACUUGUAGGGAUUUGUCACACUGGUCGACUAUUCUUCCAAUAACCACUCCCUUAGAAACAAGCCAGAUCUGGGUCAUGUGAAUCUGAAACCAGCCUAAUUAUACAGGAUUAGUGGACUAGUGGUUCAGGCAACUCUGUCGCAAGGUAACUUGGCACAUUAAUAUAGCAUUCACUGAUGUGUGAUUUUACUCAGAAUAUUGUGUUGGAUUGAUACAUUUUAUAAGAUUAUUAUAAAAAACUUUUGUUUUAACUGUAAUGUACUAUAACUAUGUAUUGAUGUCAGAUUUAUUUAUUAUGAAUGAUCACAGAUUUAUGAUUAAUGAUCUUUUCUUUUGGUUUUUGUCCAAGCUGCAAAGCAAAGAUGAAAAUAAUCAAAUGAAAAGUACCUUUUAUUUUUAAGUAUUUUGUUUACUAGAUUAUCUAAAAACAGACAUUACCAUGUGGUUAUUUACUUUGUUGAAUUUCCAGCUAAAAUUUGUACUACUUUAUAUUUAAGGUUACUGUGAUAGAUAGACCAGAAAGAGAGAAAUGCAAAACAGAAUCAGAUUGUUAGAAAAAAAAGGAUGCAGAGGAUGAAUAAAUAUGGGGGUGUUAUUAGCAAAAGAAGGGUAGACACUGAUUGAAUAAAGAGUCCACGGCUCUUCUGAAGCUCCAGCUCUCUCUGAAGUGUGCUGCAGAGUUGGAGCGCCUCACGCAGGCACUGCCCCGUCGGCCUCCAUGAGCGCUAAUUGUUUGUGUGUGUGAGGAUCCGCAGGCCUGUUAGUGCCGCGCUAGUGAUGAACUUGCCGCCCUGGUCCAGCCCUUGGAGCCGCCACACAAUGACUCGUUAUAUGAAGCAGAUAUACUGUUGUGUGUGUGUGUGACCCUUUCCUCCUCCUGUGCGUGUCUGUUAUGUGUGUAGCAAUAUUCAUUAAAUUAUUUUGAAUUUAAAUA